AUGCUGGUUAAUACGGCCAUAGAGCUAGGGCCUGGUGCACCGAAGAAACUCGAGCGGCCUGAUUACCGGACAGAGCUUGCGGCGACUGCGGUUGGACCAACUACAUCAAUUCCACCGAAGAGGACAGUGCCGUCGCGGACGCAAGAAGUCACGUUCCGUUCUAUCAUUGAAGACUACGGGGCGGAACACAAUUUGCUAUUUAUACCCAUCGGAAGAGCACAUGAGAAGUCGCGUAUGCCCCUGUUUAGAGUGUCGAACGCGAGCGGGAAGGGUGGGAUAUUGGUUUAUGUCCACGGUGAUGCUGUGUGGGCUCCUGAAGGAGACGAGUAUCGGGCAAUUACGCUGGAAGAGAUGGUCUUGAGAGUGAAUAAGUGA